GGUCCAUUAGCAUUUGAAAUGGCGUAGGGGGGGAAGGCGUAAUAAAGAAACUGAGAGUGAGUUGAAAUCACCUCUGCAGCUUCACACCUCCCUCGGGACGGUCCCACUGAAGGCUGCAGUGUAUUGAUCUCUGCAUGGGGACACAAAGGAGUGAAAUCAAGAUUAUAGAUCUCACAGAAACAAGGACAACACAUCUGAAUGGAACAAGAAAAAAAAAAGAAGGCGAGAAAAUUACGCAGCUAUAUUCGGCAACUGCGUCUGCUGUUGUUGCUCUGACUGACUGAAAGCACAGUGAGGAGAGAGGAGAGAGGAAGGAGAGGAAGAGGAGCACACCGCCUGGCGCACAGGAGCUGCAAACUGUGCGCGCUUUCAUCCAACAACACAUCAGCUUUUUUUUGUAUUUGCCUUGUUAAAACCUGCUUUGUUAAAUUAAAGAAGCGUGGAACGAUGAAGAUGAAGAUGGAGCUCCCUCUUGGAUGAGUCUGAGCGCACUUGAAGAAGAAGGAUGCUGCUCUCAUCAGGACCAGGAGGAGCAGGUGUAUCCAGCCAAGAGGAGCGACGCACAUGCAGCCAUCGGACCACUACACCUGCAUGCUCCAAAAGAAAAACCCUCAUGCUCACAUAUGCUGCUGGUUAACGCGCUUCUUCCCAUCAUAAUAACUGGAUUUAUUAUAUCUUGCAACUUAGUAACCAUGGAGAAUGUGAUGGAUGCACAGCUCAUUUGGGAAAUCCUGUAAAAGCAAUCAAGGACUGCUCUGUUUGGAGCUUCUGCAUCACUGAAAAUCAAGCUUAUCAAAGGACAAAAAUCUAAAUAACUGGAUUUAUUGUAUCUUGCAACUUGGUAACCACCGUGGAGAAUGUGAUGGACGCACAGCUCCUUUGGGAAAUCCUGUAAAAGCAAUCAAGGACGGCUCUGUUUGGGGCUUCUGCUACACUGCUUCUUAUCAAAGGACAAAUAUCAUCAUCAGCAAGGAUGCCCGGAUCACUUCUCUCCACGCAGUCUCUCUACAUCCUGAUGGAGGUGGUGAUCGCUCUCGCCUCUGUGAUCGGUAACGUGAUGGUGGUCUGGGCGGUGAAGAUUAACAAGUCUUUACGAGACAACACGUUUUGUUUCAUCGUCUCCCUGGCUCUGGCGGAUAUUGCAGUGGGAGCCCUCGUCAUCCCUUUAGCCAUCACCAUCAGCAUCGGACUCCAAACUCACUUCUACAGCUGCCUGCUGGUGGCGUGCACCGUGCUGGUGCUGACGCAAAGUUCAAUCCUGGCUCUGCUGGCCAUCGCGAUUGACCGCUACCUUAGGGUCAAGAUCCCAACCAGGUACAAGCGGGUGGUGACCCCUCGGCGAGCGGGGGUGGCGGUGGUGAUAUGUUGGACGGUGGCCUUCAUCGUGGGGCUCACCCCCAUGCUAGGCUGGAACAACCUGAAGCGCCUCCAGCAGAACGGCUCCAUCGACUCUGACCUCAUCAUCACCUGCCAAUUUGAAAACGUCAUCAGCAUGGACUACAUGGUCUAUUUCAACUUCUUCGGCUGGGUGCUGCCGCCGCUGCUGGUCAUGCUGGUCAUCUACGCGGAGAUCUUCUACGUGAUCCAUAAGCAGCUUAACAAUAAGAAGUUCACCACCAGUCACGCGGACCCCAACAAGUACUAUGACAAGGAGCUGAAUCUGGCUAAAUCGCUGGCGCUGGUUCUUUUUCUCUUCGCGGUCAGCUGGCUCCCCCUCCACAUCAUCAACUGCAUCACACUCUUCUGCCCAGAGUGCGAUAAGCCCAUAGUCCUCCUCUACAUCGCCAUCCUGCUCACCCACGGCAACUCUGCCGUCAACCCAAUUAUCUACGCUUUCCGCAUUAAGAAGUUCCGCUCGGCCUUCAGGAAAAUCUGGCAGCAAUACUUCUGCUGCAAAGACACACCAGCUCUGGAGAUUCAGCCCAGCGACAGGAAAGAGAUGCCCAAUCCUGAGCCACAGCAGGCGACGCCACCACCACAGCCCCCUCAGAAGGAAAUCCUAAAAUCAGACCCACCAUCACCAACACCAGAACAGCAGCCGCCUCCACCUGAGCAGCAGGAGCAGCAGGAUCAGAGGACCGAACCGCCCCAGCAACCUAAAGAACAUCCGCCCUUACUGGAGCAGAACACAGUCUAAGCCGAGGAACGGAGCUGAUGGCUGGCUGAAAAAGUAAUGAUCAGUGCUCGAGCAUUGGUACUCUCCUCAUUUGAAUGUAGUCUAACGAGGAGCACGAAGCGCUACGAUGCUGUGAGGUGACUCGGAUCAUAAAUCCAAAAUAUUGGAAGAUCAUAUACAGUACCUUUACUCAGGAGGAGUGGACUCACUGAAAGGUUGGACAGAGCAAAAAAAAACAGAAUAAAAGGGUAUCUGUUAGGGCUGGGUAUCGAUACUUGUUACCUUUUUAGGUAUCGACUGAAAUAACGCAGUACCAACUUCUCCAGUCAAAAUCAUACCUGCUUUUAAUCCUUUUUAUACCCAGAUCGAGAAAAAAAUGACUAUUUGAUCGCAGCCAAUCAAUGCAAGCUUUCUUCGAUUUCAUGCGACGUGUGAUUGGCCCACUACCGUCAACCCAUGCAGCCGGGAUUGCCUCCACACGGCUCCCAACAUGGAGAUAUCUGAGCCGGUGGCUUGCAGCUAACGGGGCUAACAGCGUGAAAAGUGCUAACAAUGGCUGACAGAGCUAACACUGUAAACCUGAGGGGGAACUGGAGGGUGGGAGUUACAUUUUCACGACAAUGCCAUCCCACCACCGUGGGUCGGGGCGACGCUAUCAACGGUAACCGCGCUGCAGAGCGGUGGCGAUUAGCUAGCCAGUGGGACAAACACAUAUAUCUUCCAUUCACACAGACGGGUUUCGAAUGAAGUACUCUUGUUAUCUGUAUCACCUUAAGGGUACUGGUAUUGGUACUGCUAUUGUAUUUUUUUAAAACGAUACCCAGCCCUAGUGUCUAUUAAUUUGCAAUAAUGAAAGACUUUUUGACAGUGACUCUCUAUCUUAGUACCAGACUGAAGACAUUAAGCUUUAACUGUUGUUCAUUAUGGUCAAACAAACAGUUGUUGUGAACAUUACAAAAUGUGCAAUAUAAGUUAUUGUGGUAUCAGAUUAUCAUAUGUCAUAACUUGCCGUAGAAUGAAAGUUUAUACGUUGAAUAGAGCAGGUUAAUUUUACUACUGUAGUACUGUGUGUAUGUUUUAACAGUGGCUGAAGAAUAUGAAUGUAAUAAUGUAAAUAUUACAGCAAGCACAGCUUUGAACGCUCAUCUCUUCUUCAGGGUCUUAAAUCGCACAACAUUGGUAGAGCAAGUGGCACUAUGGGAGAGAUUUUUAGCAGCGUUGAGGUGUGUUUGCUGAUUGAAGGGUUUUGUAAUCCGUUAACUCUUCUCCACUAGAGCUGAGUCCCUCUGUGGAUCCAGCAACUCUGAUCCAUUACUGUGGAGAUGGACGGGGAUAAGGAACAAGCAGCUGGAGGGAAAAGGAGGUUUUAACCUUUUAGAAGCUGCAUGCGUGCAGGAGAUUCGCGGCUGCAGGACGACAGCUACUCAUGGGGGAGAAAGACAAGAUGCACUUAAAGCUCAUGUUUAUCCAGCCUCCCUGCCAGCUGGGGGUGUUAGCUGGGUUUCCCUUUUUUUUUUCUCGCUACAUGGACUGAUGAUAACAACGUACCACUAGGAACAGUGGCUUCCAUGGCCUUAUUCAGUAAUGUAUUUAGUAUGGACUGGACUGGAACCUGAAGAUUGUGAGUAUCUUAACUACACUGUAAGCUCAACAUUUACUGGUGCAUCUGUAGAUUAGUAAGUGACAUAAAAACACUGUAUGAGAAUGUAAAGUAAUUCUGUUUUGUCUCUUGUAAAGACUCAGAGCUCUGGCCAGGACACAUUUCACUGAUGUUCUCCUAAGUGGGUGACAAUCUCUUAUAUAAGUUAAAACAUUUUCUAUUGCAGUCUUGACAAACAUCUCCGGGGCUCUAGCAGGCAGUGAACAUUUUGAUGCUCGGAUAGCCAAGAAAAUACAAACCGUAAUGCAAUCCACACCACCUGUAACUUGGUUUGAAGUGUAUUGGCCAGGUGGACUGUACAUAACACACACUUGAGGAAAAAAGAACAAUGAAUAAAUGUGUAAUAUAAUGUGCUUAAUGAUAUUUCCAACCCAUGUUUACAGUAUGGAUUCCAAUAGAAUAGUGAAACAUGCAUAUUUGUGAUAUUAUUAUGUUAUUUCAUAGCUUCAUGAAUGACCUCUGGUGCAAAUGUGACUAUACUAAAAAUUUGCAACAGUAAAUAUGUUUUGAAGUAAA